CCUCCCCAGAACACUCUGCAUGGCUACCUCAGUGUCACCGCCUCCCGGGAGUGGGCAUCACCCUUCUGCCCAUCGGACUGCUGCGGGACGGGAAGCACGGCUGGGUGCGCUGUGCCAAGGUCCUGUGUUCUGAACACUGCACCUACUUCCUCUUCUAGGUUGUGGGGGGCGUGGAAGCGGGCACUAGGCUGCCUGAAAUGGUGCCUGUCUUGCCCAUGUCUCUUGAGAUUUGCCUGUGUGCAUUGGGCUCACAUCUGCUGCUGGUUUCGGCUUCCCCCGCACAUUGUCCCCUUUGCGGGCCCCUAACGCCCUGUGUUGUUGCAGCAUAGUGCACCUGUGUCUGCGCAAGGCCGACCAGAAACUAGUGAUCAUUAAACAGAUUCCUGUGGAGCAGAUGACGAAGGAUGAGAGGCUGGCAGCUCAGAAUGAGUGCCAGGUGCUGAAGCUGCUGAAUCACCCCAACAUCAUUGAGUAUUACGAGAACUUCCUGGAAGACAAGGCUCUUAUGAUUGCCAUGGAGUAUGCACCAGGUGGCACCUUGGCAGAGUUUAUUCAUAAACGUUGCAACUCCCUGUUGGACGAAGACACCAUCCUGCACUUUUUUGUGCAGAUCCUGCUGGCCCUUCAUCACGUUCACACCAAACAGAUCCUGCACCGAGACUUAAAGACUCAGAACAUUCUGUUGGACAAACACCGCAUGAUUGUCAAGAUCGGAGACUUUGGCAUCUCCAAAAUCUUGAGCAGCAAGAGCAAAGCCUACACGGUUGUGGGGACGCCGUGCUACAUCUCCCCAGAGCUGUGUGAAGGGAAACCCUACAACCAGAAGAGUGACAUCUGGGCACUGGGCUGCGUGCUCUACGAACUUGCCAGUCUCAAGAGAGCCUUUGAAGCUGCAAACCUGCCCGCCUUGGUGCUGAAGAUCAUGAGCGGGACGUUUGCUCCCAUCUCGGACCGAUACAGCCCAGACCUGCGCCAGCUUAUCCUGAGCAUGCUCAACCUGGACCCUUCCAAACGGCCUCAGCUGAAUGAGAUCAUGGCCCAGGCCAUCUGCAUUCGGCCGCUUCUCAACCUUUAUACUGACGUGGGCAGCGUCAAAAUGAGAAAGCCUGAGAAGCCCUUAGCGGCGGUGCCAGCCGUGAGCCACAGCAGAGCGGGCGGAAGGGUGGCCAGCGCCAGACCCAGGGGGGUUCCAGUGGGCUCAGCCAGGACUGGAAUCCCGCCUCCCCUCUCCUCCAUCUACACCUGGGGCAGCGGGAUCACCGCCCCUUUCCGCCUGCCCAUGCUCAACACAGAAGUGGUGCAGGUGUCUGCCGGGAGAACCCAGAAGGCCGGCGUCACGAAAUCCGGGAGGCUCAUCAUGUGGGAGGCUUCCCCGCUGGGCGCUGCCGGUGAGACGCUGUGGCCAAGCUUUGUCUGA